AUGAAGUUCGCCUGGGGGACAACGCUCCUGCUUCUCUCGACCAGUGCUUGGUCACUGGCUAUUCCCGGAUCCGAGGUAUCCGAUCCCACAGAUGGAGACUCCUCCACUGAACUCUCCCACUUUGUGAGCCUCGAGAAACGCCGCGGCGGUGGUGGCGGAGGACGUGGUGGUUCCAGUGGCAGUUCCAGUGGCAGCUCAGGAGGAAGCAGUGGAGGCCGCAGUGGCUCAAGUUCCGGCAGCAGUGGCUCAUCGGGCUCCAGCAGCAGCGGUGGUCGUACAGGCUCAUCAGGCUCCGGCAGUUCGGGCAGCUCGGGCAGCUCUAACAGCCGCAGUGGCUCCAGCAACGUCGGUGGGACGACCAGCUCCGGUUCCGGCACGAGAGCCAGCUACGGCAAAGGCAGCUACUACGCCGGCGGUGCCACCACACCCUACCGAUCUGGAUCUCGCUCCAAGGGCAGCAAUAUCGCCCCGUAUGUCCUCGGUGGUGCGGCCCUGGGCUUCUUCCCCGGUAUCUGGCUGUACAGCGCCUACGCCUACCCCUACUCGCACAACUACCACUACUACAACCAGGACGAGCACAAGAACGAGACCUACCCUGUGAUUUGCGUGUGUCAGGAAUACUCUGAGUGUGGAUGUGAUGACAAUACCAAUCGCACUUACUACGAGUCUCUGUUCAAUGGUACCGAGCCCAAGAACUCCAGCGUCGUGCGCGUCGUCAAGGAGGCGAAUGGCACGGAGACCAUCUAUAUCAAUGGAACUUUGCCCAACGGCACUACUGCUGCCAGUGGUGAUUCGAGCUCCGGGGGCUCGCCUCUUGCCACGGCUCUGGAAGCCAGUGGGUUCUGGGUGACUGUUGCUACGGUGGUGGGCAUGGUCUACUUCUAA